GAGGUUCGCACCGUUCGUUAUCGAGACAUCCCGCGAACAGCACGCUCCGCUAACCAUCAGCUCAUUUGUUCGUUGCUCUGGUGAAUAACGAGAUCUGGUUGUGAAAAAAAUAUUUUUUUAGUUAUUUUUAGAUUAUCGUGUUUAACAAACAGUGUGUUACACAUCUUAUUAAAUGGACGCUCGCCGGAUUAUCUCGGAUCUGUGGUAAAAUAUUCUAAUAAAAAUUGUUUUAUGGUCCCCGUUCGUUGUUUACAAAUGUCAAAACGUUUUAAGUGAUAGUGUGUGUAUUCAUUAAUAGUUUGGUGACCAAAAUUUUGCAUUUUAUAUCAUAGAGAAAGUAUUGAGUACAGGAAACCUCUUUUAGUGGCUUUGUAAAUAGUUGCGGAGAAGAAAUCGUUUGGUAUUUACAGUCCGUUGUAAUAUUCGUGAACCGAAUAUAUAAUAUAGUAAUGGACUUGGAAAUUUUAGGAAAUAUAUUUUAUACAAUAUAUAAAGAAUGAAAAGUUUUGCUUAUGUUAAUUUUGGUUUAUACAUAUUACAUUGUCAAGGUCGUCAUAAAUAUUAAACAGAUGUCGCUACAGCAUCCAGGGAUGUGCACAUAAAGCUCGCUACGACGAUCACUGUAAAUAAAUAAUGACCUAAUUGUACCUUACGUCUUCGCUAUUUUGGUAACUAAUGAUAUGAGAUUUGAUAUUUUUAAUGUCAACCAGUGUCCUACAAGAGCUCGUAUCGAUAGCACAGGAUUUCAUCAAUAUUCAGAAGAGAAACUUGUCGCGAGUGUUGUUUACUUUCGAAGAUUUCUAUAGGGCACUCCCUUUCUCCGCAUAUCUAAUAAUUGUAAAAUCUUGCAAUCAACAUUUCUCUCCGUGUAAUGGACAUGUGUGAAAAGUGGAAAUAUGUGUAGAAAUGCUUAGAAUAGCAAAUAGCUAAUCUUGUGAUAUCAUUAUGUACUGUUCCAACAUGCCUUACUAUGACGAGAGUUUUAUUCAUGAUGACAAUCAGAAUCAAAGAAGGAAUAAACGAAGUUAUCAUGUUUAUAAAUCCAACAGCCCUCUCGCUUUCCUGGAACCGAAUGACGUCAUACACACAAUGGAUGAUAGAGGGACAUCUGUGAUUAAAAGGAAUAUAAGGAACAUUAAAUAUCGUGGUAAUAAGUACAGACCCGAUACGACGACAUCACAUUAUGUUCCGAUUUUAAGAAGUAAAACUCCUGACAGAUUCACUGCGAAUUAUCCUCGGAUAAGUGCAUUCGAUCCCAAGAAGUUGUAUGACAUACGCAAUAAUAACUUACCCCAAUUAAUACCGUGUAAGAGUUUCGAUAACUUAACUCUGAGGUAUGGAAAAAAGGUUGUGGUGAAGGAUAAAAUCAGAAAUGGUAAAAGCCUUCAAGACCUAGUGCGUGAAGAAAGCAUAAAACAUUACGUCUCACCGGCUGAAGAUUAUUUCCUGUCACGAAAAGCCGAUUUAAAAAAUUCAUAUUCCGUGAUAGAGGCACGACUGAAACCUGUGCAUCGGCGCGUCUCGCGCAGCGCAGCACCCGGUGUCGGUGUUUAUAGGAAGAUUUGCGGAGAUAACAAUGGACCGAUAUGUGUUAAAGAGAACGAGGUCUGCGGUGAAGCGGGGUCGGGGCACCGCGGUUCAUUGCGCGGCGCCAACAAACUAGCACGGCGGGCGCGCUCCUUCAAGGACGACCUACUGGAGCGAAUCUCUAACAUGAGGUCUCCAGCGCAGCCUCCCCAUCCUCCUCAUCUCUCCAAUAUCAGAUCGCAUUCCCCACUUAGUCCGAAGCCUCGUAACAUGGGGGCGAAGGUUGCGGACGAGAGUGAGAUUACGCCUGCCAAAGAACUCGAACGGCUAGUCAAAGAGGUCACAUUCGGCUUGAAGCAUUUCUCCGAUGUCAUCACAAAGAGGAAACUGGAAAUGUUGCCGGACAACGGCACCAUUGUGUUCGAAUCUAUCGCGAAUAUACACAAAGCGAUAAAACCAUACUGCAGCCGAUCUCCACCCCUUAUGAGUGCUGUGAAGCGGCUAUGUACGGCACUGGCGAUGCUCAUACGUUUAUGCGACGAGGUUACCGUUGUCAGUUUGAGGGCGGACGCUAAUGAUACGGAAAUGGAGACAUCAACGGCGGCCCUCUCACCGGAACACGUGAGCUCUGUAGUGAAGAGUGUGACGUCAUCAGUGGAGGAGGUCGCCAGCCUCGCCCAGCAGCACAUGAUCAGACCAGCGCUGUCACCACGACCCGCCGUCGUUUCGCCAAGAGCAUCCGCACAAAGGAACUCCUUGCCUGAUAUUCCCCUGACUCCUAAGGAGUUGUCCUUACUGACGGGUACCCCGGGAGGUGAUGCGGCUGGUGUUCGCGCCUCACACUCCUCAGAGUCUGUAUUGGACGCGCCGGACACGCCGCCCCCUAAACCAGCACGACCAAACAGGAAAAUCGACUUGGCCCCACCGUUACCGCCCAAGCGCAAGUCCGCGAACGACAACUCCCUAUUAGGACUUUCCAUAGACAGACUCUCCCUACAAUCCCAUAGCAGCGGUUCUUUGGACUCUAUGCUGAACGUGUCUAACGACGCUCACGACUCCUUGAACCACGACGUGUUCGUGCCUCCAAACAAUUCAGAAUUGAUGGGCAUAUGUAGCUGUAAUAACAUGAGCGAAAUGCGAACAUCGGUGGAGUCCCACGAGUCUCACAUGAACAACAUCCACGGUCAUUCAAACCACAACCGCUUCUCCAACGAAUCCGGCUUCGUGUCCGUCGGUCAUUCCGAGAUAUCUACAGAACACAGUUUUGUAUCUACGUUCUCGUCUCACCACUACUCCAGCCACACUGAUAGUACUUUUGAAAGUACAGAGUAUGUGAGCGAAAUGAAGUGCACAGUACAGAGCGUUGAGGAGCGCGUUAAUAUGUACGUGAACAGUGGAGGAGACAAAUUAGCCAGCAUCACGUCAGACGAGUCCGAGACUCCGCCUGAGCUGCCAGUGAAGACUCGCCGGAAUAUUCGGGCUGAUAUGCAGCAGUACUUCCCAAACGUCGAGAUUAGAAAAGCUCCUUUCUCCCUGCACGAAACGCGUCCCCACACGCUCGCUGAGCACAACCACCAGCGACCGCCGCCGCUGCCUCUCAAGAAGAAACAUAUGUUUCAAAGCGUCGCGUACAGUGUAAUGGCCUACAUGGAAAUGUUUGGUAACUGCAGUCAUACUCUGAACGCUCACACAGCCAUCAAUUCGGAGGCGCCACCCGAUAUGUUCCGUCAUUCCAUACAUACGUAUAAUUUGACCAGUGCUCAACAAUCAAGUUCGGGAACUAUAAGCGUGGGCCAUCAUCAGGUUUCAAGAACCAUGGCUUCAUCGCUAACCGUACAACAUUUAAGCACGCCACCGUUAAGUGGUUCAGAUGACAGCGUCAGCAUGAAGACGUCUAGUAGAAGCAGUCCGGUGCCGCCCGAGCCGCCCGCCCUACCGCCCAAAAUGAGUAAAAGUAAACAGAUAAUGAAUUCAAGCAAUGAACUUUUACCCCCACCAUCACCGCGACCCUCUUCACACAACAGCUCGCUGGCUGAUGAGUCUAUGUUGAAUAAUGUGAGUUCGGAAGAGAUGUACGUAAGUUUAUCAUCUCCUGGAAAGUUUCCUGUGGACGAAGAGGAGUUGGAUAGACUUGUGCAGCCCCUACCAUCGCCUGUGCCCUCACAGCGAAGCGAAAGUAGUACGGAACCUGCGGUCACUACUGAAGCAAAUAACACGAGCGAAGCCGAUCCUGAUGAUAUAAUACUUCAGACUGAUGUCGCUGGGUGGCUCUCACUCAAAGGAGCCAAUAAGGAGGGACCGGAAGUACGGGGCGGGCAUCCUGACGCGUUGAUCGUACUAGCCACAAAAGCCACCAAAGAUUUCGCAUACCAAGAAGCGUUCCUGGCUACGUACCGUACAUGGGUGUCUCCAGGAGAGCUAGUUCGUAAGUUGGUGCGCCGCUCGCAACAUUUCCGCUCAAGGACGCACGACCUGCGAUCAACACUCAGUCUCCUUACACGCGUGGUAGCUGAUCUCACGAUGACUGACCUGGAACGAACACUUAUGCAGGAAAUAAUGGAAUUCAUCUAUUGGUUAGUGGAAGCAGAAGAGCUGCCCAUCUCAAAAGCCUUAAGGCAAAUAUUAGUUGAUAAACAGAAACAAUUGCACUUCCAAAACACAAAUAAUAGAUACGAAUACGACACUCCGUGUUACGGCAGCGUUUCUCUGCGACGGGACACAUUACUCGACUUCAAGGCCAGUGAUCUGGCGGAACAGAUGACAUUAUUAGAUUCGGCCUUGUUUAUUCGUAUAACAACCGCUGAGGUUUUGUCGUGGCCACGUGAUCAGUCCGAGGAGAGUUCGCCAAACCUCACAAGAUUCACUGAGCAUUUCAAUAAAAUGAGCUAUUGGGCACGAUCAAGAAUUUUGGAACAGUACGAGGCUAGAGAGCGCGAGAAGUACGCUAGCAAAGUGCUGAAAGUGAUGAAGUCUCUCCGCAAACUGAAUAAUUUCAAUUCGUACCUGGCGCUGGUGUCCGCCUUGGAUUGUCCUCCCGUCCGCCGACUCGGCUGGCCGAGGGCGGUCGCCGACGCUCUUAGAGACCACUGCGCCCUCAUCGACUCGUCACACUCCUUCCGGUCAUAUAGACAGGCACUGGCGGAUACACAGCCACCUUGCAUACCUUAUAUUGGUCUCGUUCUCCAAGACCUGACUUUCGUUCACGAGGGUAAUCCUGACUUAUUACCCGAUGGCACCAUAAACUUCACAAAGAGGUGGCAGCAGUACCACAUCAUGGAAAACAUGAAGCGAUUCCACAAAGAGCAGUACAAGUUCAAGAAGAACGAGCGCAUCCAGGCGAUGUUCAACGAGUUCGAUGACGUAUUGAGCGAGGAGACAAUGUGGCAGAUAUCGGAGACGAUCAAGCCGCGGGGAGGGCGGUCGAGGAACACGUCCGCGCCCUCACCCCCCGCGCCGCCCCCCGCUCACCACCCGCCCGCAGCCGCAGCUACCUAACAAGCACAUGGACCUCGGCGGGAGUCCUACAUCCAAAGAAAGAUGGCAAAGAAGUAGAGAGAAUCGAUCGACAUGAACGUGAGGUUUAACUGCGAGGAAUUGUUUAAAUAUGUUAAGAUAUUGUGAUUGUCCUAAAAUGGCCUAAUUAUUUUUAGUAUAUUUAUUGGAUAUUGCUGUUUCAACUGUGAUCGGUCUGAUUGUGAAUUGUAUGCUUGACAGAUAAAUAACUAUGCUUGCUUGCAGUCGGCUAUGAGAUCUGUUUUAUCUGUUGUCUUGUAUCAUACAUCGUAAAAAUUUAAAUCAGGGAGCUGACAUUUAUAACAGUGAAUUGGUAUACACUUGUACCUUUUGUAAACGAUUUUUUUAUUAGAGUUUUAUAAGCAAAUAGGUCAAUAAACAAAAUCAGAGUGCAACAUUUCUCGAAAGUGUACACAAAGAGAGGUUAACCCGAAAGAAUCUGUCAAACUAUUAACUAUAACUGUCAUACAUAUCAGCAUGUGACUCUUAGACUACAAACAAAACGACAUAGUUGUAUGUUAUUUCUGAUACUCUGAUAUUUUUCUAGUUGUUGUGAUUCGCCAUUCACGUCUGUAUAAUAAUAAGUCGACUUUGAAGCUAGAUACAUCGAAUUAGGGGAGUACUUUUGGAGUUUUAAGUAGGUGAUUUGCUAUAGCUAGUUAUAGUUUUAAGUGUGUGUGGUGAAACAUACCAGUCGCCGGUAAUGAUACAUGUUAGAACAUUAAUUGAACUUCGAUAUCACUUCGACACUAGUGAGUCACUUGUACCAUAGCAAGUCACUAAAGCACUUAUAAAAUAGUGGUAGUGACCGAUUCAUUGUCUUUGACUGUUUGUGAAUGAAGUCAUGCCGUAUUUAGACACACAACAAACAUUAAUACACAAGUUAAUUAAAUAAGAAAUACUUGUUCAACUACUAACGCACUCUAUCGAGUGAUAAAACAUGGAAAUAUUAAUUAAAAAUUACAACUAAUGUGCUCAUUCGCAAUCAUGAACUGCUACAAGUAAUAUAAGUUGAUUCAGAGUAACAACUGUUGUGAUGUCGGUUAUAUUAGCUUAAUCCAACGACGGCCGCUUUGAAUACAUUGAAUUGGGACAUUUUUCAUGUUGUUUGGAAUUAAAUUGGUAGAAAUAAAAAUCUAUGAUGUUUUAUAAAUUUGAACAUUAUGUAAUAUAACACCAAUAUGUACCGACUGUAUGCACUACAUAGAUUAGUAUUGUAGGAAUAAGAUUUUUAGUAAUUUUUUUAUACAAAUUUAUACGCCAUCACAACGAACAUUGUAGUUAUUGAAACUUUACUGUUGUAUGCGUCUAGUCAAUUGAGGCUCGGUUCGAACAGAUGUAACGAAUUGGUUAUCAGAAGUAAAAAUUAAUAUAAAAUAUUGUGUGCCAAAUAAUAAUCAUGCAAAAAUGUCCCGUUCCAUGAGAAUAAUAAGGAAUUGCUUGUAUUAUUGUAAAAUAAAUUCGACUUUGUAAAUUAAGUACAUUUAAUAACUGAAGUAGUACUGAAGUACAUUUUCUAAGAUUAACUAAGCAGCUUUCUAUAUAGGAAUGAUUUAUAUGACAUACUAUCGUAACUUCUAUAUGUAAUCAUCGGGCUUGAAUUUUAAUGCUACAAUAACAUACGUAAUAAGGGAGUUAUAGACUCCUUAAUUUUCGGUCUACUUUUACACUUUGGUUAUAACAGUCGGUAGCGUCGGUAAGCUAUCAACUUAGUGUUUAAACUAGCGUGGUUCUAAAUAAAUAUAGUACAUUAUAAGAAAUACUUCGAAAUUUUAAUAAGUACUAAAAUCCACACAAGCUGUGGAUCAUAAUCAUUUAGGACGCUCCUUUAGUUAUGACAUGUUUCAUCUUCGCUAUUUCUCGGGUGCUUCGAUCGGACGGCGCAAUCUAUUCUCGGAUACAUAGCGCCGGUGUUCAACAACAUCUCAUGCAUAACUAACGUCUCAAAAAUUUACGCGUGUUCUUUAAUGAAAUUUGAUACAUAAUAUUAUUAUUUUUGAUAAACAGAAAUUAUAUUUUUCUUAUUAUUUGCUACCUACAAGGUGGCAAAUGUUUACGAUAAUGCAUACUUUUGAGAUCUAAACUUGUUUAUUAACGUGUCAUUUUACUCUUUACUAAAUUUAAGCUUAGACGCAGUGGGAUCUAUUGUAGCGAAUUGUAAUCUAAAGUUAAGGCUAAUUUGUUUUUUAUAGUACCAAAUAUUGUCAACCAUACAUUUUAAUAUUAAUUAUAUAAGAAACGGUUAAAUUAAUUUGCCUUAAGAUUGACGGUUCUUGAAAUAGCAAUAAUUUUUUUGAUUGUAGAAUCGCUGCACACUUGUGAUAUAACGAUCACUCCCUAGAGUGCCGCUUACUACACGGUUGACGUCCUCUAUACGUAGACAAAUUAUAUUAGGUGAAUAUUAGUAUAAGAGUACAUAACCCCAUUGUACUUGACGUUGGAAGCAGUCGCUGUUGUUAUUAUUAAUAAUAAUUUUGAUCAUGGGAUCGUGAUGAGCUGGCCUCAUAUUGUGACAAACCUUCCAAAUUUAAAUUUUCGCCUAUCACAAUGACAGGUUCGAGUUAUAUUCCAUUAAGACGUUCGAAUUAUUCGAAAUUUAUAUCUGACGAUUCUAUAAUGACGUCAUUUUGAUUUGUACAUUAAUUUUGCGAUUGUGAUAAGUGAAUAUUUUUAUUGAAAUAUUAAUUAGUAUAAAUCACAUUUAUAUUUAAUUUAAUUGAAGGUUUGCCAGAAUAUAAAUGAUAAUAUUCAAAGGCUAAUAAAUAGUUGACAACAAUGACAGUGUAGUUUGUAAAGUAAUUGCAACGAUCUGGUAGUUUGUGUACGUUUUAACGGGGACUUAAACCCCCGCGCAAUAAAUAACUAGACCAAUAUAUUUAGAAUGUUUUACAGUGCUUUACUUAUAACAUGUGGCUGAUAUUGUAAUUUGUAUUGUAAAAAUAAUUUUAUUGCUAGUAAAGUUGUAGGUAUGUUACCAUUUUGUUGUCUGGUAUCGUAUUAUAUUUAUUUAGCGUAUCUUCUCUAAAUGUUUUUUGGGUAUAUAAUUGAAAUAUAUUAAAGACUGCCUAAAUUAAUUACUCACUAUAAUUGAUGUAAAUUAGUUGCAAUAUGUUUUUUUCAUCGUAUCUGUGUAGUAUCUAUAGUUGGAUCACUUGCAUCGCGGUGUCGCUACUGUCGCUGGUGUGACGGAAUGUAUCUUAGCGUUUUUCUAUAUUUAUUAAGUUUUUUUUUUGUAUGAAUAUGUCACUUUUAGUGAACGGCGUACUGUUGUAUUAGCAAGUUCAGUAUUAUGUUAAAUGAAAUGCCAUACUGUAUCAAAUGGAUUUAUAUUAUUUCGUUUUAUAUGCGAUUGUUUUUUUUUUUUUUAUAUACAGUAAUGUUAAAUUUCAAUUUAGUAUUUUAUACUUUAAUGCAUAUUAUUUGUAAAUUUGUUUUAGUUUCAUGUAACACUGUAUUCGAAUUGCAUGCGUAUUGUACAGUUUACAUUGUGUGUCAAGUUUUCUUUGUAAUUAUUUUGUAAUAUAAAUAUAGCACGUUAUUUACAAUCUGAUAA